AUGUUGGACCUCAAAUACCUCGACGUGGUCGUUGGCACCGUGGCCGUUUACUGUGUGUAUCGGUUAAUGACUCUUGAAAAAAGAGCUUUGUCUCUUCCCCCAGGACCUCGAGGAUUUCCUCUCAUUGGGAAUCUGUUUGAUGUGCCCGCAGAGAGGGAAUGGUUGACUUUCGCAAAGUGGGGAGAGACGUACGUCCUCGGACAACCUCUUAUCAUCGUGAACUCUGCAAGUAUCGCGAAGGAAAUGUUGGAUAAAAAUAGUGCGAUAUACUCGGAUCGUCCGGUGAUACCUAUGGGAGGCGAGCUGUGUGGUUGGAAGAAUACGCUAGUGCUUACUCCUUAUGGGGAGCGUUUUCGCAACUAUCGACGUCUCGCUCAUCAGCUCUUCGGAAACGCGGCUACGAUGAAAUCUUUUCAUCCAGUUGAAGAAUUAGAAACCCAUCGUUUUCUCAAACGAUUGCUCUCCAGGCCUGCCGGAUUUUCUGACCACAUUCGCAAAACUGCCGGUGCAAUCAUCCUUCGAAUCUCACAUGGAUAUGAAGUGGGCGAAGGAGAGGAUCCCUUCGUUACACUGGCUGAUAAAGCUACAGAGCAGUUUGCGCUUUCUACGACCCCCGGAUUCCUCGUAAACCUUGUGCCUUUCUUGCAGUAUCUUCCUGAUUGGUUCCCUGGCGCUUCUUUCAAACAAACUGCCAAAGAAUGGUCAGCGACAUUGAAUGAAAUGGUCGACCUCCCUUAUGACUAUGUUAAGAGACACAUUGCUGCUGGCUCAGCCGAACCUUCCUAUGUCUCAAAGCUCGUGGAGGGUCAGACUUUAAGUCCAGAACAAGAAUUCGAAAUCAAGUGGUCUUCUGCUUCUCUCUAUUCUGGUAUGUGGACGGUUUCGGCUAUCUAUUCUUUCUUCAAGGCAAUGGCCAUGUACCCUGAGGUGCAAGUCAGAGCCCAAGCGGAGCUGGACGCAGUGGUAGGGGUUGAUCGUCUUCCUAGUUUUGAAGACAGAGACCACCUACCCUACAUUCAAGCCGUCACUUUAGAGGCUUUACGAUGGCAUUCCGUGGUUCCAACAAGCGUACCUCAUCGAGUCACCGAAGACAACGUGUUCAAUGGUUACUUCAUUCCGAAAGGUGCUUUGGUGCUUUCGAAUCUUUGGCAAAUGAACCACGAUCCGGAAGUUUAUCAUGACCCAAUGUCUUUCAUUCCUGAGAGAUUUAUGGGUCCACAACCUGAGAUGGACCCCAGAGAGGCCUGCUUUGGAUUUGGGCGCCGGUUUGUAGGGCGAGUGUUAGCUGAUGCUUCAGUAUUUAUCUCGUGCGCUAUGGCCCUUGCUGUCUUCAACAUUUCCAAAUACUCGGAAAAUGGUGUAGUCAUCGAGCCUGAUAUGGAUCAAAGCACCGGUACCAUAAGUCAUCCCAGCUCCUUCAAAUGCACUAUUUCGCCUAGGUCGGACAGAGCAGUUGCACUCAUUCAAGCGGAUGAGCGGCGUUAA